CAGCAUCUGAUUACAGCAGCAGAGACAGGGACAGACGGCGGUAACUACCGGAGGGGGGAGGACACUUUUUUAUCCACCAGCUGAGGACAACUUCUCCGUCUCCUCUGAGCAGAACGCAACACGUUAAUUCAACACCCAUGAUUGUUUUUUCCCGUUUAACACGGUGAAAAGUUUUCUUCUUCUCCAAAAGGAGGAGCAGGGAAAACAGCAGCAGAAGCGGACUGAUCCUGAUCCUGCUGGUGGAAACAGGGACCGACGGUGACUGCGGAGUAAACCGGCGACAUGUCGCAGUUUGUGGAGGCUUAACGAGGACUAUUAUUAUUACCGCUGCCUUUUUCUUCCCUUUGAUACGACGACCGGUGAGUGAGGAGGAGGAGGAGGAGGAGGAGGAGAGAGGCCGCAGCUCCUGCACGGUGUUCAGGUUUGUUCCUCCAGGUCGGAACAAAAACAGGAAUCUUCCUCUCACCGCCUGUCCCUUCUCAGGCCCACAGAGAUAAAGGCCAUCUUCUGCUUGGACAUCUGUCCGUCUCUGUUUUUGUCUUUAUUAAGUCUUUUCUGUAGCCGCCAUCAUUCCGUGCUGUAAAGCCGACCCCAACAUGUCGUCCAAUGGAGACCUCAGUGAACUGGGGAGCUCAGACAGCUUCUGGGAGCCAGGGAAUUACAAACGAACGGUGAAGCGGGUGGAUGACGGCCAUCGUCUGUGCAAUGAGGUAGUCACCUGCUUCCAGGAGAGGGCAAAGAUAGAAAAGAGCUACGCUCUGCAGCUGAGCGACUGGGCCAAGAGGUGGAGGGGCAUCGUGGAGAAAGGUCCUCAGUAUGGUACGCUGGAGAAGGCGUGGCAUGCUUUCAUGAUGGCGGCCGAUCGGCUCAGCGAGCUGCACUUGGAGCUGCGGCAGCGGCUGGCCGGCGAGGACAGCGAGAAGGUGCGCAACUGGCAGAAGGAUGCCUUCCACAAGCAGAUGAUAGGAGGAUUCAGAGAGACCAAAGAGGCAGACGACGGCUUCCGGAAAGCACAGAAACCCUGGGUCCGCAAACUGAAAGAGGUGGAUUUAAGUAAGAAGAGCUACCAUCAGGUCAAGAAGGAGGAGUGGACAGCGACAACCAGGGAAACACACGCCAAGGCCGACCCGACAAAGUCUCAGGAGGAAGUUCGCAAAUUCACUGUCCGGGUGGAGCGCUGCAACCAGGAGGCCGAGAAAGCUAAGGAGCGCUAUCAAAAGGCUCUGGAGGAGCUGAACCGCUGUAACCCUCGCUACAUGGAGGACAUGGAGCAGGUGUUUGACCUCACCCAGGAGGCCGAGCGCAAGAGGCUGUGUUUCUUUAAAGGAGUCCUGCUGGACAUUCACACACACCUCGACUUGUCUGCCAAAGAAGGGUUCAAAGACCUGUACCGAGACCUGGGUCAGACCAUCAGAGCAGCCAACGAUGCUGAUGACCUCCGCUGGUGGAGGAACACGCACGGACCGGGCAUGAGCAUGAACUGGCCACAGUUUGAGGAGUGGUCUCCAGAGACGAGUCGCUCCAUCAGCAGGAAGGUGCGAGCUGGACACUCCGAGGAGAACGUGGUCACCCUCACCAACAUCGUCUCCUCGGCUGGAGAUAAUGUCCCACCGAGUCCCAUCACCACGGACACUGACAGGACGAAAGAUUAUUCAUCAGAAUGGUCAGACGAGGAAAGUCCCAAGAAGGUGCUGCCUAAUGGCGUUGGAGAUGGGGAGGAAGAUGAGGAGGAGGAGGAGCAGGUAGAGGGGGUUCGUGUCCGAGCGAUUUAUGAAUACAUUGGCCAGGAGGCUGAUGAGAUCAGCUUUAAAGCAGGCGAGGAGUUGCUGAAGCUGGGUGAAGAAGAUGAGCAGGGCUGGUGUAAAGGACGGCUGAGCAGCGGUCAGGUCGGCCUCUACCCCGCUAACUACGUUCAGCAGAUUUCAUCCUGAUGGUCCGCUCUCUUUCGUCCGUCAGCCAAUGGUACAACUACACUCAAGAUGCCAGGACCAAUAAAAAGCUAUUACUAGUACUGUCAUGGAGACGACUGUAAAAAAAAAAAAAAAUCAUCACUGAGGUUUCUGAGGUGAGUGGAGUUAAGUGUUUUGAAAGUCUUCUCAUGGAAGAGUUAUUGUCUGAAUCAAGAAACUGUCGGGAAACACUACGAAGCUUGGACUCCGACUCCGUUUCUGAUAGAUCCUGGAUUUCGUUGUCCGGCUCGCUGUCGUCAUUUACUCAUAAUUUCAGACGGGAUGAUCGAGGAGCACCCAAAACAGGAAACACCUGCUCGUCAGUCAUUUUGCUUCUUCUCAUCGUCUACUAGUUGGACGUAAAACGAAACGUGCUUAUUUACUUUAGUUCUGAGAUGAGAGAAUCUACAGUUUGCAGCUCUCUUAUCUUAUCGAGACCAAAACAGUUCGUCUGUUUCCAAAUGUAACACAAGUAUUCAACGUGCAUCUCUUCAUCUCUAAUCCAGGCUUUUAUUUUCCAGUCUAAAUAGCUGCCCACUAUAAUUUUAGAUUAGAGCUGACUAAUUCUCUGUGGGGAAGAGAAUGAGCUAAUUUCCCCAAAAUCAACUCCUCGUGAAUCAACUUCAAGAGAAAUGAAAGAUCUAAAAGUUCCUGCUGUGGUUUGGUGGUCGCUGCUUGAAGGCCAGAAAAGUGUGGCACUGCUCUGAUGACCUGAUGAUGACCUGCAGUAGAAACCAGUAGACGUAAUAUAAGGUUUUUGGUUUUUUUAAUCUUUUCAAACACAACUCGAUCGUUUAGCUUGAUCAACAUAUGUCAUGUUGAUCAGUGACUCAGAAGAUGGUUUGUGCUACACUGAAUUUACUUUCUUCACUCGUCGAUUAUUUCCUGCAUGUUAAUAUCAAGUCAGCUGUUUUUCAGUGUGCACGACAAAAGGUGGACGGUGACAUUUUUUUUAAAGAAUAGCAUUUUUCAGUCAACUUUUAGUUGUUUUUUUUUCUUGUUUCCUCUUAAAUGUAGCGCCAUGCUUUAUUUUAAUUCAAAGUAAACUGUCGGAUUUGGCUCAGCUAACCUGUGAUAAGUGAUAUAUAGUUUUGUUCUGUGCUGGAACUAUAAAGCGCGCGCUCGCACACACACACACACACACACCACAGUGAAAAUGUCUGUUUUACAUGUUUAUGUUUGGAUUUGUGUGCGAGGAAGUGUCCGCUGAGUGUUUCAGUGCUUCAGAAUAACACAGGCAUGUGUCAAAAAUAAUAAUAAUUAUAAGCGAUAGAGAAAUUAAUGCUGCUGCGCUUUUUCUUUUUAAAGCUUGCUUCUUUUUUUUUUGUUUUUCCAAAAUCAUGUACAGUAAACUCGACUGUAUAAAGUGAGAAGCAACAAUAAAGAGCUCUCUGCAAUCUG